CUCAACCCUGAGGUCAUCUUCCACUUCACGAGUGAAGGGAACAAGAACAGUGUGCAAAUGGACAGGUCCUUGAAACGGAAAUCAGAUGAUGUCGUUAACAACUCGUGUUCAAUGGACUCAAUUAGGGGAAGGCAAAGAUCAGUGGGAUUGGCUAAUGCGCUGUCAACAGACAACGGCAUGAGAGUGAGCGGGUACAGUAGAACAGGAAUGGAAGGGGAUUCCUCGCAAGGGACAGGAAAGGAUGUCAACGCUCUCGGAUCAAGCCACUCUUCACAGCCAACCGGCCCCAGUGAAAAUCAGUCCCCAGUGGAUACCUCACAGGAGACAGGGAAGGAUGUGAUCUCACCAGGAUCAAGCCGCUCUUCACAGUCAGUUGGUCCCAAAGAAGGUGAUUACAGGAGAACAGAAGAAGAGGAAUCUGAUGGAGAGUCUGACGAUGAUACUAUGCAAGACUCGAAGGAUGAGAGCCCAACAGAAGAGGAUGAGGAUAUGGGGGAUGAGGAUGAUGAGCAGGGGCAAAGUAUGGACUCGCUUCACUACAUACUGCAAUAUGUCCGUUCCUUAGAAUUGGACAGAACAGUGGAACUAGAAGUGAGACUCGCACAUCACAAGUACCUUCGCAAUCUCAGGUCAGCAACAAAGGUGGAGGACAGCAUAAGCAUGGAGAAUAGAUUUGAAAUCAUUAGGAAGGAAAAAGAGCUCAAUGAAUUUUAUGCAGCACAAUACAGUAUGAAGGCAAGAACCGAGAAGAACAAAAUCACAAAAAGCUAUGAACAAAAGUUCUCUUGGCCUAAAACGUACGUGGAACAGCGAGCAGAAAGAAUGGAGAAGAGGAAUAAGAGGGAUAAGGAACAAGGAACCGCAGGUGAAUCGCUUCACGAAACUUCCAUUUCAACAAAAGAGUCGUCGGAAGAAGACCUCAGAAGGCAUGCUGCAAUUUUGGAAGCUCAAGUGAACGUAUUGAGGGAUCAAAACAGGGAGAUGGACGAUCUGUGCAUAACCCUGAAGGAUGUAGCAGGGGGAGGCCACAAGGAAAUAGAAGCAGCGGCCAGACUCGAUGCAGGCAGCGAAUCUAGACGAAGAACGAUAAUCCCGUACCGAUGGAACAUCAAACUUGAAACAUGGGAAGUAGCCUAUCAUGGAUCCAACUCGCUGAUCUCAGUACCAGACCAGGAUUGCACACAGGAUGCCUUGCGUGAUUUCAUAUCGGACAGCAUGCCUACACAUCUGAGAAUUUUGGGGUCCAAAGCAGAGGGUAUGGAGGAAUGGAGGGACCAAGAGAAUGAAGUUCAGAGGGUGGACCUGCGUCCCUUACUGGUAGAAUUAGAGGAGUCGGCUGACCUCAAGGGAGAUUUCUGUUGGGUACCUUGGUUAGCGGUGGAAUCCAUGCCUUAUGGACUGUUAGGAGGAGAAAUGGUGGCGGAGAGGGCUGCCUUGAGCAGUGCACUGGUUACAGCAUAUGGACUGUUCACACUAUCACCCAAGAGCCUCAGGAAGAAGCUGUACAGCUCCACCUCAACUAAGAUGGAGAUAGCAACCACUGGAUCCUAGACACCUUUCUCUCAGUCCAUUCAGUGGGGGGAAGAAGUGAUCGAUUAUAAUGGUGGAUCAGGAAGGCGAAAGGGGUGGAUUCCGGGCGAGCAGAAAAUUCAGCCUUCGCAAGCCUGAUCCGGACCUUACAAUCAUUUCAUGGAACGUCAAUGGGUUGUCCUCUAUACUUACCAAACAGAGGAAAUGGGAUUAUCUAAUCAAGGGCACAAAAUGGU